UCACUUAAUAUUAAUAAUAACGGUAUGGGAUGCGAUUUGCCUAUUAUGGUCGUAUCAUGUAAUGAAUCAAUUUCAGCUUCUCAGGAAGAAAGAUUUGAAAAUUUCCAAGCCCAAAAGGUAUUCCUGAGGGAAUUGUGCCAAAACAGUGCCUUGGAUAGCACUCUAUGGAUAGAAAUUCUGAAGAAACUGUGUAAACUUAUAUUCCCAGACAAUAAUAAUAGAGAAUCAGAAGAUCAAGCCUCCAUGUCUCAAGUGCAAGUGGGUAGCGAGGAUAAUAAAAUGCUGGGGCUUCGCAAUGAUCUGAGUAAUUCAUUAAUGUUAGUUGAAAUGAUCACAUGUGAAUCUGAUAUUUGUCGUAUUGCAUCUUAUAUUGAUCUUGAAAUCAAAGCUAAAGCACCUUUAGAAGAUCUUAUCAUUUAUAUAGAACAUGUUAAAUGGUAUAGUUUUAAUCAUAUCAUUAUCAAUGGGGAACUUUAUUGUGGAAUGCUUUUUCUAGACUGUUACAGUUGUUUAUUUGAAUGGAACCAUAUGGAAUAUUUGUUAUUGCUACUUGGGGAUUACUUGAAAAAGAAUUUUCAGCUCGAUCCAGCUGUGGCAUGGGGAACAGCAGAUGGAUUUGUAUUUGAGAUUAGGAUCAGACAGGGUCGGGAUGAAAGUAAUAUAAGUAGGAGUGAACAUGAGAAAAUUAUUUCACACUUCGCACUUCACUCUUUACAAUUCACCAUUAUGGCUAGUGAACCUUUGAGCACCACUAUAGCCAAUGAACCUUUGACUAGCACUUUGGAAAUUCAAACAGAUACUUCUGAGCCUUCCUAA